CUUCCGUCAUUUUCUUCCUGUUGAUGUCUACUCAUUUGCACUCGAUUUUCCUGUGUUUCUCUUUAAAAUUUUAGUACGGGCGAGAGGCGGAGGAAGAUUUGUAGCGUCGUCGUCUGCAUAGCUCUUAAAGGAUCAAUUUCUGUGGGUUUUCUUCUUCCAACUAUUUUGCCAUCUUCAUUUGUUAAGGAUGGAAAGAGGGGAGUCAAGUACGCAAAAUAGAAUUUUGCGUAGACAAUUUAUGAGCAGUCGGAGACAGCCAUAUAAUGGACAUAGUUCUCUUGAGAGUUCUCCGUGUUCCAUGUUGGAGUCUAGAAACAAGCGCCGCAGAGUAUACGACUGUGGGAUGAAUCCUCAUGAAAGUGAUGUGAUUGAGACCGAUGACUUUGUUCCAUUCAGUUUUGGUGGUCCAGACUAUUCAUGUGCUUAUUGUGGCGCUAUUUUUUGGUUUGAAGAACGAGUGAAGAAUGCAAGCACGCGAGCACCAGUAUACUCACUUUGCUGUAGGCAAGGCCGGAUAAAACUUCCACCUCUAAAAGAAGCUCCUGAACCAUUAAAAAGUUUAUUACGUUAUAAUGGUGGUCAGGCUUCAAAACUUUUUCGGCAAGAAAUAAGGGCCUACAAUUCUAUCUUUGCAUUCACUUCAACCGGCGGAAAAAUUGACAGGACCAUUAAUAAUGGUGAUGCUCCUUAUAUAUUCAGAUUGAAUGGUCAAAAUCACCAUAGGAUUGGAUCAUUGCUUCCAUUAAAUGGUGAGAGGCCUCAAUUUGCUCAGCUCUACAUAUAUGACACAGAAAAUGAAGUUGCUAAUCGAAUGGCUGUCCUUGGUGAUUCCAGCAAGGAAAGUCAGAUUGACAGCAAUGUUGUGUCAGAGCUCAUAAAAAUGUUUGACAGCAUUAAUACUUUGGUGAAAAUCUUCCGAAUGGCAAGGGAUCGGUUCAGCUCUGGAGACAUUCAUUCUCUGUCAUUAAGACUAUGUGAGAAACAGCUGGGCGACACAAUUCAGUACAACGCGGCUGCUACACCUCAAAUGGCUGGUUUAUUUAUUGGAGAACUUGGUGAAACAGAUGAAGGGCGUGAUAUCAUUGUUGAGCAGCACUCCGGAACAUUGAAGCGCAUCAAUGAUUUGCAUUCUUGCUUUAUGGCAAUGCAAUAUCCUAUCUUAUUCCCAUAUGGAGAAAAUGGGUACACACUUGAUAUCCCCUAUUAUUAUCCAACCAACACACCUACAUUGAAACGCAAAUCUGUCACCAGGCGAGAAUAUUAUGCGUAUAUAUUGCACCAAAGAAAUGUUGCUGAUGGAUUACUUCAUCUUGGAGGGAGGUUGUUUCAACAAUAUAUCGUCGAUGCAUAUACAUGUAUAGAAGAUGAGAGGCUGCGAUAUAUUAGAUUCAAAUACCAGCAAGAGCAUUUCAGGAGUGAAAUCUACAGUGGUAUGCAAGAUGCAUUCCUUCGAGGUGAUAUCAACGCCAAAUCCCUUGGUAAGCGUGUUAUACUACCUUCAAGCUUUACCGGUAGCCCACGAUAUAUGAUCCAGCAUUACCACGAUGCUAUGGCUAUAUGUCGAUCUCGAGGAAAUCCCGAUCUUUUUAUCACUUUCACAUGUAAUAUUCAGUGGAUUGAAAUCUGUACUGCAUUAAGCCUAAUUCCAGGGCAGAAAGCUGAAGAUCGGCCUGAUAUUGUUUCUCGCGUGUUUCAUAUGAAGCUUGCAGAGUUUAUAAGAGAUAUCAAGCAACAAAACUACUUUGGACAAGCUAUUAGAUGUAUCUACACAGUUGAAUUUCAAAAAAGAGGCUUGCCUCAUGUACACAUUGUUGUUUGGCUCCAUCCAAAUGACAAAUACUCAACUCCAGAAGACAUUAAUAGAGUCAUUUGUGCAGAAAUUCCAGAUCGUGCAACUGAUCCUGCCCUGUUCAAUGUUGUGUCACGAUUUAUGCUACAUGGACCUUGCGGCUUGGCAAAUCCAAACGCACCAUGUAUGAGGAAUAAAAAAUGCAGUAAACAUUUCCCAAAAAAGUAUUUUGCAGACACAGUUAUAGGAGAGGACGGUUAUGCAAUGUAUAGAAGACGUGAAGAUGGAAAAUCUGUAAUUAAACAAGGAGUGGAGCUAGACAACAGGUCUAUUGUCCCAUAUAACAAAGGCCUUCUCCUCAAGUAUCAGGCACAUGUGAAUGUCGAAUGGUGCAACCAGUCAAGAUCCAUAAAAUAUCUAUUUAAGUACAUUAACAAAGGACCAGAUAGAACAAGAGCACUUCUACAAGAAAAUGUCCAUAAUACUGUUGGUGUUUCAGAAGCUGAUUCUCAACCAGUUGAUGAGAUAAAGCUAUAUCUUGACUGCAGGUAUUUAUGUGCAUAUGAGUCUACUUGGAGAAUUUUUGAAUAUGAGAUUCAUUGCAAGUAUCCAGCUGUCCAAAAUUUAACUAUCCACCUGCCUCAAAUGAAUAACAUUAUUUUUAGAGGAGAUAUGGAUGUAAGUGCAGUUAUUCAUCAACCAGGUAUAGAAAAGUCAAUGCUAACAGAGUGGAUGUUCACCAAUAGUGUUGCUGUUGACGCACGUACAUUAACAUACACUGAAUUUCCUUCAUUCUGGAGGUGGGACUCAACAAAUAAGAUAUGGCUGCGAAGAAAAAGGGGACAUUGCAUUGGCCGGAUAACUUACAUUCACCCUUCCGCAGGGGAGGUUUAUUAUCUGCGAAUGUUGUUGGCAUAUGUAAAAGGACCGACAAAUUUUACUCACAUAAGAACUGUAAAUGGAACAAUAUACUACACAUUUAAGGAAGCUUGUGCAGCAAUGGGCCUAACAGGAGAUGAUCGAGAAUGGCAUGAAGUUCUUGAUGAGGCUGCAAUCUGGGCUACAUCUAAUGAACUUAGAACUCUAUAUGUAACCUUAAUUAUCUUUUGUGAAGUUGCAGAUUCAGCAAAAUUAUUCCAUGCACAUCUCCCAAAUUUCCAAGAUGACAUUAUUUACAAGCUGCAGAAUACAUUUGACAUGGCUCCUUCAACGAUUUCACCAUCACAUGUCAGAGAUCAAGUUUUAGUUGAAAUACAAGCAGUAUUAUCAAAGAAUGGCGCUACCCUUGCUGACUAUAAUCUCCCUGUGCCUACACACACACUCAUGGAACAACUUGGCAACACACUGUUAAGAGAAGAAAUAGCUUCGAGAACGUUAGACAUGUGA